AUGCAUGGAACAAAAUUAAAGCGUCCUAAAGGUGAGGGUGACAAACCCCACGAAAAACAAUCACCGAAUCCACACUCAUCGAAACGAAACCGAAUCUCUUUUGUUUGUCAAGUAUGUCGGCGAAGCAAGACCAAGUGUGAUCGCGGCAAACCUAGCUGUUUACGCUGCUUAAAACUAGGUUUAUCAUGCAUUUACGAUGUCGAGCAACAAACUCCUCCCAAGACACCAAGCAAAGACGCUAUGAUCAUGAGACUGCGACGUGAAGCGGAGUACUGGCAGAAAAGAGCCAUGGAUCUUGGUGCUUCCAUGUCACAUGUCCCGUCCGAAACGUCCUCAUUGCUUGCACCCCCUGAGUCGGCAACACAAGCCGACUUUUUCGAGCAUGGCACUGUCUCAGAGUCAUCCUUAAGCCAACAAAGCCGAGUGCCACGGCCGGAUCAGAUCAUGAUCAAUUUGUACAAGCCGUCUGCUCGUCUGCUCGUUACGGCCUACACGAGUCAAGAACUCAAACCCUCUUCAGAUGUUGCGCAGGUACGUUCAGACACGUUCUUGUGCCUCUUUUUCACUAGCUUUCUAGCAUGGUCUAACAAAAAUGCCCUCAUAAGCUCUGUUUCGCAACGUGGAAUUCUGUCUGUUUCGAAGGGGAUCAAAUUGCGGGACCAUACGUCCAUUCUGCGAGAACAGCUGUACAGAUAUUGUGCCAAUGACAUCCAGCGAUCACGCGUGGAUCUUUUUACGACUCUCUUGGAACAAGGGACGGGCCAUUCGACUGAGGCAAAUUCUGGCAUUUUCGUAAAGCUCCUCAACAGCUCCGUACGCCAUUUCUUCAUUGAAGGGUCACGAGCAGAGAAUGAGCCGUACACUCAGGUCUUGACCGAGCUCAUCACGCAGAUCGAGGCCACUUUACCACCCUAUUGCAUUGUCAAGCAAUAUUUGUUCCAUUUUUAUCAAUACGUCUAUCCUUUCAUGCCUUGUCUUGAGAUUUCAUUUUUCGAUUCUCUGCUCAUUGAGAUCCUCAUAGAAGAUCCAAGCAAUCCCGAAAAGAUUAAGCUCAAUCUAGGGCGCGACAGACUCAGAGCAAAAGUGACUUGUCUGGCGACAUUGUUUUUAGUUCUUGGAAUCACUUACAAAUGUGCCCUCGCUGAGCUAAGUGCUUUCGAACUUUUUGACUCUUCUAGCUCGAACGCAACUGAUUUGAUGACAAUGGUUAAAGAGCAUCCGGUGACGAACGACAUGAUAAUAAUAUCUCAAAAAUGUCUUACGACACUGAAUAUCUUUAAUUGGCCCACGGAGGACGCACUGUGUUGUCUACUACAUCUUUGGACAUACUUCGCGAUUUCACCCGAGAGUGGAGACGUUUAUUACGGACAGUCAACGGAGUUCAUUAUGGGCCUUAUAACAAUAAUGGCAACAAAUAUGGGUCUCCAUCGCGAUCCCUCCGAGUACGUGCAGCUCACUGACAAAAAUUUUACAAACCCUCGCAUGCUCAAUUAUAGGAGAAACUUAUGGACCUUUCUUUCGACGCUCAACUUCUUUGAGGCCACCCUCAAAGGCAGAGGCCCGCAGGCGAUGACUUGCAAAAAUUCAUUUCUUAACGACUGCUUAAAAUUACCAGGUCUUUACAGUGAAAGAAUAUCUAGGGACUCUGUUGACCAGGAUCCAAUAGAAUUGAAAACAUCAGCGUGGAACUAUGGCAAGUUCGAACUUUUUGCGAUGAUUGCGGAGCUAAAUAAAAUUUCUUCUAAUCUCGAGGAUGGUUUAUCUUUAGACAAGGUGGAAGAUUUAAUGCAGAGAAUUGACAACCAUCUCAAUCUAAUUUUUAAUCUCGAAGCACUGGAAAAUGCAGGUCACGACCAAAAGUUAAAGAUCCCCUCAAAGCUAUUUUCUUCCGCGGAAAUAAAUGUUUCUCAGGUUCAAAAGGUGUAUGGUCUUCAUGGACAUUUACUAGGGCAUUUGGUACUUUUUAGGAUCUCGUUUGCGCUGUUUCUUCAUUUCGAAAAAGAGUACAGCAAUAACUCUGCGAAUUAUCGUGUCUAUUAUGAAAGAUUCCUCAUGAACAGCUUCUCACGUUUAAUCUAUUUGCUCGAACUUUAUGACAAGUUAUAUGGUGGGAAGAUUGCCAAAUGCUUUCCCUCCUUCACUGCGUUCAUGACAGAUAAAGCCAUGCAAAUGUGUUUGAAUACCAUGUUGUUUUCAUUAAUUUCAAUGAUCCUUCGCUUCACGCGCGCCGAGGCUUCACUUGGCGAACGGCAUUCUCCAUCAGCUCUACAAGAAGAUAGCUGGCGCAAGCGGGAAAAAUUUAAGUUCAUACGACAGAAUUUGGAAAGAGUUCUCGAACGAUUGACGCAACUGACUUCGCGAUAUCUGCGAAUCACUUUUUUCCCUGUCUUUAAGAUGUCUUUACUCAUGGAUUACAUUGUGAAGAUCAUAAAGGGGAACGAUACGCUUGGAAUUAUCGACAAAGUCGCAAAGACAGUCUCAAAUGAUAGAGUACAUCGCGAUCUGUUCUUGAAAUUUGGUCUGGAUAUCAAAUGCAUGGAAAAUGUACGGCAAGAGUUGGAUCAUUCAAAUUUUUUAAAUGACCUUCACUUAGACCUCCUAAACUCACUCCAAAAUUUAUUGCACAAAGCUGGCUUCUCGACGACAGAAACUAAACAGCAGGUCGAUCCAUUUUAUCCUGACAGGGAAGAAGAACUGACGAAAAACGAAAAAACGACUUUUAUCCCAAUGCAAAAUCAAGUUCCGGACUCAUAUGCUAACGACAAGUACGCGGGCGUUGGAAAUGACAGCAUAUUUGAUUCGAAUUUGGUGCACGGGUAUAUUGACUAUCUAGAUUUUGAUUUUCUUUUUAAAGAUGGGAUGUGA